AUGAGAUACCUUAUUUUAUUAUUCGGUUACAUAGUAAUAACAAAACAUACAUACAUAUCAAAUCAAAUCUCUUUAGUUUUAAAAUCAGUAUCUUUGUCGUCAUCAGUUUCAACCAUCAAUUUAAUUCUCACCAGUCCACUCACACAUACCAGUCCUUAUCAUCCUAAUCAUCCUAAUCAUCAUCAUCACAUUUCAAAUGUCUUUCCAAAUGUAAAAGUUCUCUUUAUAUUGAAGUAUUAUUCCUAUUUUCAUUCCAUCAACAACAUCAAUAUAUUCAAUAUAGUUUUAUCAGAGUUAGUAUUACCCAUUAAUUUCUCAAAAGCUACAUUAAAAAGACAGAUUGUUUUUAUUUGUUAUGUUUGUCCACAAAAUUUAAACACCACCACAACCACAACUCACUGA